AUGCUAUCUCAUCCACGCUUGGGCCCUUCUGGUUUCAUCCGGCUCGUACCAAUUCACACUGUCGUCGUGGACGAGGCCUCUCAGAUCGAGGUGGGCGACUAUCUUCCCACGUUGGACAAGUUCGACAUACAGAAGCUCGUCUUCAUCGGCGACGACCAGCAAUUGGCACCGUACGGACAAGAUGACUUGGGGAACCUAAGGAGUAUCUUCGAGUGCGAUCAUCUACGCAAGGAUGCCGUAUUUCUGGACACGCAAUAUCGUAUGCCCGUACAUAUCGGUGGUUUCAUCUCGCGGCACAUAUAUGACGGCAAGCUUCAGACGGUGCAUUCCCUAAAGGCACGUUCUGUGUGUCGACUGGUUGACAUUCAGCGCGGAAAGGAGGAACAAGCGGGGAAGAGUUGGAUCAAUAAAGCAGAAGCUCAAGCAGUCGUCGUCGUCGCCAGGGGACUGGCCCGUGCGGGGAAAUCCUUCCGCGUCAUUACGCCCUACGACUCGCAACGCAAUCUAUUGGAGAAGAUGCUCAAAGCAGAGAAACUACCAUGGGAGAACAAAUGUUUCAAUGUGGAUUCCUUCCAGGGUAAUGAAGACGAUCACAUUGUUAUCUCUGUCGUACGAACGGGCAAGGUUGGCUUCCUCUCCAACUUACGCCGGACGAACGUUAUGCUCUCGCGUUGCAAGAAGAGCAUGACGAUAUGCACCAAUCGCGCGUUCCUGGAAGGUGUAGCGUCGUCUACCCUCAUGGGCAAGCUAGCCUCGGAGUGGGGAAGCGAUGGGUGGCUGUCCUGGCAGGACAUCAUCUCAGAUCGAUUCUGA